UUUAGCAUUCGUUUCUCAGUCGAUGAGCUUCAGUAAAAUGCUCAGAAGAACAGAAUUAAAGGUUGAAGAUAUCGAACAAAUUGAUGGACUGAAACUUAUUCGACCAAAACUCUUCCCCGAUGCUCGCGGUUAUUUCGUGGAGUCAUAUAACGAAUAUGAAUUGGGUGCCUUAGGGUUCUUCGAGAAAUUCAAGCAGGAUAAUCAUUCCUAUUCAAAAUCUGGCGUUUUACGUGGUUUACAUGCACAACCGGGAAUGGGUAAACUAGUAUCGGUUAUAAGUGGUAAAAUAUACGAUGUUGCUGUCGAUAUAAGACCAACAUCGGAAACUUUUGGAAAAUGGUACGGUGUUGUUUUAGAUGAAAGAGCGCGAACAGGUUUCUGGAUACCAGAUGGGUUUUUACAUGGAUUUUAUGUUUUAUCGGAAAAAGGAGCUCAUGUAACAUACAAAUGCACAGCGAUAUACAAUGCACAAGCGGAAUUUGGUGUAAAUCCUUUCGACCCAGAACUGGCCAUCGAUUGGCGAAUUAAUGAUCCGAGCAAAUUGAUUAUUAGUGACCGAGAUCGAUCUCACCAAAAUUUGAAGUGUUUAUCAUUGAAAAAAGAAUGAAUGUUUGUG